GCUCCAUCCACCCUCCGUCACUCUCAAUAAUAAUAGUCCACCCGCCAAUUGUGGCUAUGUGCGGCACAGCCUAGUGUAUCGUGGUGCAUUAGGGCUGCAUGAGGCACAUCAUGCAGGCUCCCAGUCGGCCAUGUAUUUGGCCGAGGUUUGCCAGGGCUGACCGUCGAGGAUAUGCUUAAAUAGCUACCUUACCUUCUUACCUUAGUUCAACAUGGAAUGUUCUGUCUUGGGCUGUGGAGGGCGGAGAACGCAGAGCAUGAAGCUCAAAGAUUGAAAGCAGCGAAUCGCCAUGACGGACAUUGCGGGCAUCGCCAUUGGCGUCGCUGCCAUGUGGCAGACGGCCGUCGCUGUCUACGAGCUCGUCGACUCCACGCGGCAGUAUGGCAUGGACUACGAGAUUCUCAACGUGAAAUUCGAGGUCGAGCGCGUCCGGCUGGUCUGCUGGGGCGACGCCGUCGGGCUCAAAAGCCUCGUGGUGUCAGGCAACUCGAACGAGCCCACCAGGAGCUCAACAACAACUACAACUACAACACCUGGAAGCACCCCCGCAUCAUCUACUAGCGAUCCAAACAAUGCAAAGUUGGAUCCACGCCUCAACCGCGAGGAGAUCCGCACCGCCGUGCUGCGUCUGCUGGGAUGCAUCCAGCACGCAUUCGAAAACACGACGGUCCUGCAGGAGCGCUACGGACUGCAGCCCGUCGUCACUAGGGGCCAGGUUCCCGCCGCGGGCGUCCUGGAAUCGGACGAGGCGGCAGGCCUGCCGCCGUCGCAGACACAACGCAUCCUCCAGGGCGUCUUCAAGCGCGCCUACGAGAACUUGCGCAGGGUGGCGCGGGACCGCCAGCGCGACGCGCCGCUCGCUCGCCGGACGGUGUGGGCCGUGCGCGACCGCAGCAAGUUCGCGGCGCUCGUCGCCGAGCUGCGCGGCUUCAACGACAGCCUCGAGAGCCUGUUCCCCGAC